AUGACGGCCAGUCUGGUCAUGCAAAACAGACGGAGCAAAGUCUCUGCGAAACCUCUGCGGUUACCCAUCAUUGCCCCAAAGGAAGAUCUGUUUGAUGCCUUCGCCAAGUCCGAAAAGGCAUUGAGCGCUCCACCGCGCAUCCGCUUGCCUCCGCGAUCUCGUACCGGUUGCUGGACAUGUCGACAAUGUACACGUCUAGGCCAUACUUGCGAUUAUCGCCCACGGCUGGCCUUUCGCGAUGAUACCCCUCGUAUCAUGGGCCGCAUGGCCGAUGUGAAGACAAACGGCCAUGUCGUUUGGGAUCUCACUUCGCCGAGUUCCAAUGAUGAGAGGACCGAUUAUUUCUCUUCCAAGGAUUCACUUCCGCCCUUUUCCCUGCUCACUUCGGACGAAGACCGGGAAAAGAAAGCAGAAGCGGUUAGUCCCGGCACGUACCAUGUCGUGAUAACACCAGACAGUUUCUCCUCACUGCCAGAGUAUACGGACGACGCAGUUGAGAAAGCUAGAUCAAAUCCCACCAGCGAGUGUAGGACCUCUGCGUCCAGUAGCCCCACAAGUGCGGUCAAGGGCGACUGCAGUGGAGGCGAAGAUCCCAAUGUGGUGAUUUUGAAGACUUUUGAAGAUGCUACUCGCCGCUCGCCGUCUAAUGGGAAGACCUUGAGGAUCUCUCCAACAUCGGAGAUCUCAGAUCCUUUCGGCAAUUUGAGUCUCUCUCCAAAUUUCGCUUCCCUCCCCUCGCCGGAUGUGAAGGUAGAGGAGAUGACAUUCUUGGAUCCGCGUUUUGACCAGCAAAGUCAGGAUUCUACUAUAUUUUCCCACUUCCGUCAGGUCGUAUGGCGCCAGUUGUUCCCUCACGACUAUAGGCUUGAUGAUUCUUGUGGAUCUGAUAGUCACUUUAUGACUCUCAGCAUGGACUUCCUAGAGCAGGAAGCCACUCGUUUCCCUCCUCUUUCCCACGCUAUGAUGGCUGUAUCAGCCCUUAGUCUCUCGCACAGCGGCACAGGUCACAAUGUCGAUGCUCUACAAUAUUAUCAGCAAGCUUUCCCCUCCCUCCAGGUCAGCCUACGGAACAACGAUGAUCUUGUUUCCGACGGGCUGUUCCUUACCCACUUCCUACUACUGAUAUACGAGAUCGCAGCCGCCGAGCCACACGGCUCGAACCUGUGGUCUCACCAUAUCUCUCGUCUCCUUCACAUCGCCUUCCUUCGACGGGCCAAGUAUGGCCAAGAGCCCCACCCAUUUAUCCUGUGGUGGGUGUGCCACAUUGACUUGUACGCCCUGUUUAGCGGAGCAGGGACGGGAGAGUUCGUACGAGCCGUUAUCGACCACCAGAUGCUCCCUGGGUCGGAAUGUCUUCUCUACCCUUCUGCCCCAGAGGGUUACAGUGUGAUUUACUCCGACGAGCAUGAGAGCUUACCGGUCAUCAUGCGUCUGUACCACGACACGUUCCGGCUAGCCGCUCAACUGGGGUUCUUGGCUACUCGCCUUCGUCACGAUAAACGGAACCUGCCCUUUGCAGAGUUCGAUAAGAGAUCGCAGGAAUUAAGCGAUCUGCGCCAGGCUUUUGGGAGACUGUGGGAAUCCCCUGACGUUGCAUUCCUACACCAACACCAGGAUAACCUCCCGCGGCGGUCCCGGGAAAUCAUGCAACAGUCCGCUACACUAUACCAUUUUUGUCAACUCUUCUCUUAUAGCAGCAUGUGGCCCGGACAACGUGUGGAGUCCGAGUUCCCCCCAGACGCAGAAAUCGACCACCACGCAACAGAGAUCCUGCGCUUGGCCCAGCGGACUACACACACUCGACGAGCUGAUCGACACUUCCUAGUCUUCCCGUUGUUCCUAGCAGGUGCUACGGCAUCAGCUAGUGGAAUGAAGAUGAUGGCGAUGGAACUGAUGACUAGCAUGGAAGACGAGGAAGACGGCAUGGGCCGCAAUGCAGCAACGACUCGUGCUAUCCUUCAGAUUGUCUAUGAGCGGCAGUUGGAGCGACUCAUGCAUAUGGGUUAUGCGUUGGAUGUGGAUUGGUCUGACCUGAUGGCUCAGGAGGGACUUCAGAUGGUCAACUUCGGGUUUUGA